CUUCCAUGAGGAAAAAUGGGGGGGGGGGGAGAGAUUGGAUGAGUUCGUCUUGGCGUACUUGAAGAAGGAGGGAUUCAAGCUUGCUGCUAAAGGUCUACAAGAAGAUGUUGAGCAGAACAAGGACAAGGAAAGUGGAAGCAACAACAAUGGCAGCAGUUUCAGCUCUAUCGAUUUCCAAGGCGAUCCCGAGCUCUCCAAGCUUAUCAGCUCUGUCUCCCAGUAAUUUCUCUUCUUCGUGUGGAUUACGUCAGGAUUUUGAGACACUUAGCUGUUUUGCUGCGAAAUUCACCUCUAUGAGAGUAGAAGAUAGAUUUUUUGUUUUCUGGGCAAAUGUCCAUUCGAGGAGUGCCUUCUACGUGUAGGUUGGAGAAUCUGUCGAUCGAACACCGGUACUCAGUUAUCACCGUGAAGCCCUUAGGAUGCGAGGAUUUAGUUCCGAAGUGUUAUAUCAACUUGGGCUAUGUCCGCGUUAUGAGUUAUGUGUUGUGUCCGAAUGAACUUUCUUUCCCGUGACGAGGUAUUCCGAGCGAACUCUCUGUUUCCUUUCCAUUCUGGAGAAAUUAUGGUCUUUUUCGGCCACAAUUUCUCAAGAAUGUUGAGAUAUUGCUGUCUUGUUCUUGUUUCUCUGGGUCUGCCUUUAGAGCCCACGAUCAUUACCCAACUAUUGAUGUGGAAUAUGGUUUCCCGAGGUUCUUUUUCUUUUUGUUGCAAGUGGUAUGCCGUUAUCUCUUUCUGCUCCCUUUGUGAAUCGUAUCAUUAAAUUCUCUUGUCUCUGAGGCCUUCUUGGACUCUGCCUUAUUGAAUUCUUCUUUCGAGGGUAUUAUGAUUGUCCUCAGUCCUUUUUCAACAACACUAAUUGAGAGCAUGCUCUGGGAACUCACUUUCCAGUUUCAGGGCAAAGUAUUGGACUGAAUUAUGUAGCUAAGAUACUGAAUGAGAUGACUUUUUUAGCAUCCCUAUGGAAUGAAUGGUUUUCACUUAUGGGUUUCUUGUUUCCAGAUCAGAAGAUGAUCCAGCUCGGUAUCGUGAGGGCUACAGCAAACUACGGUCAUGGGCAUAUAUGAUUCACUGGACCUGCUGUACAAGCAUGAAUUGCACUGUGUUUGUUCGUUGAUUCAUAGAUCUAUGGGCAAAAUGACAUACUCAAGAGGGUACUUAUCUAAAUAUGCUAGAGCCUUCUUCAAUAGUUUCCGUGAAGAUAAUGACAUGAGAUGGAGGGAACUUCAGAAGCUGGAGGGCGUGCAUUCUCCGUCUCAUCUGGAGGAAAUGGAUUUUGCUCGUUCUCUUAGGCAAAGCAAGGUCAACAUCAAAAUUUGUCAGUAUUCCUACGAUCUUUUGCUUCAGAAUCCAGCAUAAUGCUUGGUGUUUUCAAUGAACCCAUCAUCAGUUUCCAAGUUUACUCUCGACAACCUUCUCCGGCAUCUGUUGAAACAGGAGCUCUAACACUUAUCGGGAGUUUACUGGAUACGGCUAAUCACACCAACCAAAAAGAAACACAGUAGGACGCCAUGCCAUAUUCAGAAAAGAAUCGUAGAAACUGGGAAGCAAGGCUCUUCAAUAAACCAAAGAAAAAAAGCUGAAGAGAGACAGAGCUGCAAAUGCGAUGGCAGAAGUUCCCUGCAUGAAAAUUAUGGUCGUUGAUCAAUAAUAAACAAAAGAUUAUGACAAUA